AUGUCCUUAAAGGUAGCAUGUGGCCAGAUGUGUUCUUCGUCCAACCUCGCCGCCAAUGCAAGGGUGGCUUGUAAAUUGAUACGUCUCGCUUAUAAAGAAAAAGCCAAGGUUCUUUUUUUACCAGAAGCUUCAGACUACAUUUCCCGAGAUGCUGCUCACUCAAUGGAGUUGGCAAAUGCAACAAAUAGCGAGUUUUUGGCACCGAUUCAGGAAGAAAUCCGCAGAAUCUACAACGGAGUACCCUUAGCAGACGAAGAUUCGGGAUUAUAUGUGGCAUUGGGUGUACAUGAGCCUUCUCACCAACUUGGUGAUGACGUUGAAGGACUCAAUAAGGUUCAAAAUAAUCACUUGUGGAUCAACAAUAAGGGUCAGAUUGUGCACCGGUACCAGAAAAUCCAUCUUUUCGAUGUAAACAUACCCAAUGGUCCAAUUUUGCAAGAAUCCAAGUCGGUGGAAGCAGGAAAGUCACUCAUAAAGCCAUUUCCCAUUAACGAAAAAAACCUCGGUAAAUUUAAGAUUGGGUUGAAUAUCUGCUACGAUAUCCGGUUUCCAGAAACAUGCAUUUCCCUCAGAAAAAACGGAGCAAAUAUAAUCACAUAUCCAUCGGCAUUCACGACCAAGACAGGUGAGAGCCAUUGGGAGCUUUUGGGCAGAGCACGUGCAGUAGACUCGCAAUGCUAUGUAAUUAUGGCGGCCCAGUGUGGCGAGCAUGAUGUUUAUGCUGACAAAAGUGGGGACUUUGAUGGCCAAAAAAAGACAAGAAUCAGUUAUGGUGAGAGUAUCAUAAUCAGUCCAUGGGGAGAUGUUCUUGCCAGGUGCCAUAAAUACAGUGAUUCAUUGUCUGUGGAUGAAGAUGGAGACUACUACGAGCUUUGUGGCGCCGAAUUGAGCCUCGAAGAUUUAGAAAGAAUUAGAACAAACAUGCCGUUGAUGGACCAUCGUACAGAGUACGACAUAGUAGAAGGAACACGUGAAAAUAGAACAUAA